AUGGCCGGCCCGUCGAUUCAGGACCGCACAGGCGAAUUCCACGCCAUCCUCGGACAAGCACAGAAACGCCUCGCCUCUAACAAGAUCGGAUCUCAACGACAAGCACUGCUGUCGGACGCACAACGGAAACAGGCGAAUGGCUUUGGUGACAGCAAUGGACAUAGGAGGUCGGAGUUUGCGAGAAAGGCCGCGGAGAUUGGGCGGGGUAUUACUGGAACUAUGGCUAAGUUGCAGAGACUAGCUGAAUUGGCCAAACGGAAGACACUCUUUGAUGACAGGCCCGUCGAGAUCUCCGAAUUGACCUACGUUAUCAAGCAAGACCUCGCAGCGCUAAACCAACAUAUUGCCGGAUUACAGGCGCUUACUUUGUCGCAACACCCCAAGUCCGGCAGAUCAAAAACAGACCAGGAGGGAGAGCACAACGACAAUGUUGUUGUUAUGCUUCAAGGAAAACUCGCAGAUGUCGGAGCCAACUUUAAAGAAGUGCUCGAAGUUCGGACGAAGAAUAUCCAGGCAUCACGAUCGAGAACAGAAAACUUUGUCUCCUCCGUAUCCUCGAAAUCACAAUCUGCUUUAGAUACACAACGCUCCGACUCGCCGCUAUACAAUCCAUCCGGAAGACGCACACCUACACCGGGAUUCCAAGGCAGCCAGUCGGAUCUCUUGACCUUAGAACCGUCCAACCCCUCGCCUCUCGGACGCCCAUCGAUGCAAUCCGACCAACAACUGCUUGUCAUGGAAGAAGCGCAGUCGAGUAACACAUAUAUCCAAGCACGCGGCGAAGCAAUUGACGCCAUUGAACGGACCAUUAACGAACUGGGUGGAAUCUUCGGCCAACUAGCCCAGAUGGUCAGUGAACAGUCUGAAAUGAUCCAACGGAUCGACGCAAAUACCGAAGAUGUCGUGGAUAAUGUGCAAGGAGCGCAACGCGAAUUAAUGAAAUACUGGACCCGGGUGUCUAGUAACCGGUGGUUGAUUGCUAAGAUGUUUGGUGUGUUGAUGAUCUUCUUCCUUCUCUGGGUGUUGAUAUCUGGAUAA